CCAUCGAUCCUUACUGUAGCAGCCCAGCAUGGACAUCUGGAAUUACUACCUCUUUUGGUACCUCUGGACGGAAUGAAAACAGCUGACAAAGCUUUGGAAGAAGCUGCUAAGCACGGACAUGUGAAGGUGAUUCGAUAUCUUCUGGCACAGAAAUGGUCGAACGAAGAACAACGAAGAUCAGCGAUUGGUAAUGCUAUGGUUGCAGCUUCCGGUGCAGGUGUGUUGAGCUUGUAA